AUAUUCAGUCUGCUGUGCGAUUAUACCAGUUCAAGCAGUAAUCGCACGGUCAGAGAUAAGCGGUAAUCGUGUUAUAUGUUCUUUACUGUGUUUUAUUUUAGUUCACUAUAAAACUUUAAACGACUAAAAUACAAAAAAUAUGGCUCCAAAAAUUGAAAGAAUAGCCGAAAUCCCUCAGCUGGUACUUGGGGAAGGACCGCAUUGGGAUCCGGAAAGUCAGAGUUUGUUAUUUGUAGAUAUUUUAGAGAAGACCGCAUAUAAAUUCAUUCCAUCUACGGGGUACCUAUCGAAAGUUGUGUUCGACAAACCGAUAUCUGUCAUUAUUCCUGUUAGAGGUAAGAAAGAUCAAUACUUAGUAACCCUGCAAAGGGAUAUUGCUAUUAUAAAUUGGGAUGGUAAAUCAGAAAAGCCUUCCAAAAUUGAAGUUCUUGCUGAAGUUGAUGUAGGUACUGAAAACAGAAUAAAUGAUGGCAAGUGUGAUCCACGAGGAAGAUUUUUUGGUGGUUCCAUGGGUCCAGAGCCUGAAGUUGGUCAUUUUACUUUGGAAGCAGGAUCUUUUUACUCAUAUGCUAAAGGAAAGUUAGAAAAACAUGCAGAGAAAAUUGGAAUUUCAAAUGGAUUGACAUGGAAUCCAGCGCUGAAAAAAAUGUAUUAUAUCGACAGUUUGGCAUACACAAUUGAUUCAUUUGAUUACGAUAUUGAGACGGGAAAAAUUUCUAAUCGAACACCAUUUUUCAGUAGCAAAAACGUAGGAAUAGAAGGUAUUUUUGAUGGUAUGACCAUCGAUAAGGAUGGAAAUUUGUGGGUUGCUAUCUUUAAUGGGUCUAAAGUUAUUAAAGUUGAUCCUACAAAACCCGAUACUUUAUUGCAACAAAUAGAUAUUCCUGCCAAACAAGUAACUUCUGUAGCUUGGGGUGGCAUCGACCUAGACAUCUUAUAUGUUAUAUCAGCCAGUAUGACAAUAGAUGGAGAAGUUUUGUCCCCUCCUAACCAUGGUGCUCUUUAUAGAGUGUCAGGUCUGGGUACCAAAGGAUUACCUAUGGCACCGUUCGAACUUUGAACAUUUAAUUUUUUAUUUGCCUCAUAAAAUUUAAUUGUAAUGCGUAAUAAUAAAUAUUGUUUGAUAAUUUUGUGA